CUUCUGUAAGAGACUUCUAACUUUAAUCUAUUCAAGUCCAGUAGCCCUGAGACUAAACGAAGCUUAUGACCUGAAUCGAUAAACAUAGUAGCGAGUCGCCUUCCAUUCUCUGCUGCGAUGAGAAAUGCUCUGAGCUCUGAAGAUUGAAGAGAGGCUUCCUCACGCUCAUAGAGACAGACCGACAGAGAAAUCCCUACACACCGGCCUCGCAUAGUCACGCGACUCAUGUCCGCUGAUUUUGAAGUUAAUCUUCGUAGCUCAUACAUUGCACAAAGGCCACAACAUGCACCGUAGCUACCUUCUCUCUUCUCCCAGUCAGUAAGACAUCGAGAAGUAGCUGGGACAUGCCCUGGUAAAUCGAACCCAGGAAUGAGAUAAGUUUUUGCAAAAACUCUUUCCCAAAACCCUCAUCCUUGCAUUCAUAGGACCUUCGCUUUGUCCUACGCCAUGUCGAUUGCGAUCUCAGCACUCCGUUCUCUGAAUAUAUUUCACAAACAAACAGUGCAGCUCUCCUCACACUUCUCCCUUGUCAAUCGGAUACAUGCCAAUUCAAAAGCCUCAUUUGGCUUUUCAGAACCUGGAACUAGCACGUUGAGAAUAAGAGGAGGUAACAAAUUUCAUGGCAUCCUCUUAAAGGAUCUUGUAUAUUCAGACAAAAGGAAUAAUGGGUUUUGGGCCAAAGCAGAAAAUGGUGGUGAUGGGACGGAGAAAGAUGUGGAUGAAGAUGAAAUAGAGUCGCGGGGAGAGAGCUCUAUGCCAGAGAGGUUCAGGUACUUGAUGAAAGAAGCUCCCGAAAAGCCAUUGAGGUGGCCUUUGUUUAUAGUACUGGCAUUCCUUCUCUAUGCCUGGAGGACUGUCUUGUGGGAGCUGUCUAAUUGGAUGAAGCCAGUGACAUAUGUCUUGGAACCUCUCUUCAUAUCCAUAGGAUUCAUUUUCAGGAUUGCAUUCGCUAGCAUUCUCCACUUAUUGACGUAUCCAUUGGUUGCCUCCGUUAGUUUUGUCGACACAACGCUGCACAACAUCCAUGCUCUCUACUCACUAGUAAUCAACCAAGCCCCUAUUCAAGAACUAACAAAAAUGAUCAUUUUGGCAUCUUUUGUACUCUUCAUGGCUAAGUCUGUUGUUCCCGAUUCUGUAAACAGCCAACCCUAUCUUCUGACAAUCUCUGCCGUUAUCGGGUUUCUUGCUGUGAGAGGUUACAUUUCUGAGCCUCUCUUUUGGACACUUCUGAUUGGUUUGUUUAGCUUUGGCCGGUGGGUAAAGAAGCGAGAUUAUGUGUCUUCAACAUUGCCGGUUGCAGCUGUGCUUGCUGCAGUUGGAGAGCCAUGGGUUCAAGCAGUGGUGAUGGUCUCAUAUCUCACUUUGGCCAUUGUUCAACACUCGAGGAAGCCCAUAGAUCAGAAGGAAGGUGAGGGUCCUCAAUGGCAACGAGGGUUCCGAUUACUCUGAUUUGUGCUGCGUGAGCGAUAGGUGCUCGACUUGCUGCUAAAUGGGCGGGAUAUCGGCAUAUAACUUGGAUGAUUGUUUGGAUACCUAUGUAUCAAAUUCUGAGUAAAUUAUACUUGCCAUUUGGCUUGCAUAGUCUGAGGUGUGUGAUGUUACCAGCAACACAUUUAAAAAUUAAAAUUUUGUUAGGUAAGUUCAUCCCUUUUCCUUGUUUUUUACUCCGUACGAUGUUGUAUUCUAUAUUUUGUUAUGCAAAAAGUUCACCAAAGAGACCAAGCAUUGCAUUGGUUUAUAG